AUUAGAGUCAGAGGUUAUCGAUACCGGUAAACCUAACCGAUCCAAACGGCCACGACUCUUUUUCGCGUGCUGUUCCUGACUUCAGUCCGAUUAGAGAGAGGUUACUUGGGUGAGAUUAAAGAAAAACCCUACACCAUAGAGAGAGAAAGAUAUGCAAAUGGAUAUUCGAUUCCAAACCCUAACUUUCCUAAUAGUUACAAGGUCUCAGUUUUCGCGGUCCGCUUCGAGGAAUCAACCGUGUCUCAAACCCUCGUGUUCCAGGAGAGACUCCCAACAACCCUCCUCACAAGGCGGCGGCGGCGGCGACGACGGCAACCAAAACAACAAGAACAGCGAUAAGUUCUCAACAGAUUGGGACAAGGCCUGGACGAGAUUCAAAAAGCAAGGGAAGAAUACAAUCUUUUCAGGGUUUUCCCCGAACAAGUAUGUCAGCUGGAAUCCCAGGCGUUCCGACUAUCCACUGUCUGAGGAGGUUGAUCCCAUCAAGAGAACAGAGAGGUCAAACCUCAUGCUAUGGACCAGUCCUAGUUUCACUCUUGGUGGAGCCAUUGUCAUAGUCACAUUUCUGUUGGUCUACACCAUUCUCUAUCCACUCAAGUGAAUUCAUUCAAUUCCAUCCCACAAGCAGGUCUAUGCUGUAAAGAUUUUAUAUUGUUACUAAGGCAAUUGUUGAAGAAGGAAUUUGUAAUGUUAUAGCCACUACAUCUGUAAGUAAAUUUAGUUAAUCAGUGGACCAUCAUUUAACCACUUUUAUUCUUCAA